ACGCUUCCUGGUGGGCCCACGUACCACCGGAGGAGCAGAUGGAUGGCGAAACCUUUACGGCUAAACAAAACAAAGCUUUCACAGCGCAGAGCCCCAGACCUAGAGGCACAGAGCUCACGCCGUCACGCUCACGCACCCCUCUCUCCUCCGGGCCACCAUCCCCUCCUCCUCCUCCUCGCGAUCUCGAACAGCUCAUCUCAUCGCACAUCUGAGAGGGAAAGCGAGAGAGGGCCACACGCCACACCACUCGAGCUAGCGCAGCAGCGCGCAGCGCCGGGAGGAGAGAAGCGGCAUUGGUUCUUCCAGCCUCCCAGGGGGAGGAAGCUAAAGGGCUGUCGAAUCGAAGCUUCCGGAUCCGGAUCCGACGGGGCGACCUGUGGCCGGAGGUGGUCGCCGGUGGCAUCGAUUUGGCUAGUGCUUUUGUGAGUUUUUUUUUCCGGGGGGAUUCGCUCAAGGGUGGUCUGAGAUGGAGGACCUGCUUGAUUCGGAGAUCGGCAAGAACGACUAUGACUGGCUUCUAACUCCACCUGGGACACCCCGCGUUCCUGCACUGGAAAUUGCUCAGAAAGCACCAUCCGCAAAUAUAUUACCAAAGCGUGCUGUCACCAGAUCAUCCUCAACUACUAGAGCAUCAAGGCUUUCAGUCUCUCAAACGGAGAACGGACAUUCUGCAGUUCCCACUAGACCUGCAAGAAGUAACUCUGUAACGCGCCCUUCUAUUCAAUCAACUCUUAUGUCAAGCAACAACAGGACAUCGGUUCUCAAUACAAGCAUUUCCUCUGUGAGUUCAAGACCUACAACCCCAAGUAGACGAAGCAGCACGGUUGUUGCACCGAAACAACCGGUGCUAGCUUCACGUCCAGUCCCAGCAAGGUCAUCUACUCCAGCCAAAACUCGCCCAUCUACACCAGCCAAAACUCGCCCAUCUACUCCUGUGAGAACUCGUCAAACAGCAUCCAAUUCUACAGUCGACGCAGCUUCUGCCAGGACCACAUCCACCCAAAAUUCAAGGCCAUCAACUCCAAAUUCUCGGUCUCGAAUUAUGUCUAAUUCAUCUUCAGGUUCAGUUCCUGCAAUGAACCGCCCAAGUGCAUCCGCAGGUAUAAUUCCUGCAACGAGCCGCCCAGGCUCAUCCUCAAGUAGUGUUCAUGGGACAACUCAUGCCACCUCAUUGUCGUCUGGUACAGUUCCUUCAGUGACACGCUCCAUCUCACGAUCAUCGACACCUACACGUCAGCCUGGGGUGCGUUCAUCAGCACCAGCUAUUGGCCGUUCGCCUUCUUUUGGGCGGACUUCUAGUAGCACCAACUUGACAUCUAUGAGCCGACCUGCAGCUAGUAGUGGCCGUAAUUCAGCGCCGUCAUCGGCUCCAUCAUCUCGUCCAAGUUCCCCAGGUCCACGAUCCCGAGCUCCAGUGCGGCCACAUGAUAUCCCUUCAUCAGCUCCGUCAUCUCGUCCAAGUUCCCCAAGUCCACGACUCCGAGCUCCAGUGCGGCCACUUGAUAUCCCUGAUUUCCCAAAUGAAACUCCACCAAAUCUAAGGACAAAACUACCUGAGCGACCACUAUCUGCUGGUAGAUCACGCCCGGGAAUGGCUUCAGGAAUAAGGUCAACCUCAAAUGCUGAGCCAUUAGCUCCUGUGAAAAAGAUCUCUGUGCCUUCCGCGGGUCGAAGUAAAUUUUCUGAUCCACCAUCAAAGGUGCCUUCUCGCUCAAAUGGGCACCAAAAUAGACAGGCUGAAAGGUCUGCUGUUGACAGUCAAACUACUAGAGUGGCACGGCCUGUUGCAGUUGCAGGCACAGGCACAGAUAAUGGAUUUGGGAGGACAAUAUCAAAGAAUUCACUUGACAUGGCAAUUAAGCACAUGGACAUUCGGCAGAACUUGGGUGGCAUUCGUGGUGCAUCCCUCUUUCCCCAUAGCAUCCGCUCAACCGCUGGCAAGGUCCGACCAGUUCGAAUGUCUGACCCCGGGCAUCCAACCUCAAAUGGUGACCGACAGUAUGCUGACAACGGCAGAAUCAAUGGGCACUUCUUCUCUUUGGAUACUGACGGAGCUCUCUCGCGCAAUGAUGGUAGCUCAACCGAUUCACCCGACCGGGGAAGCUUCGGAACCAAGGAUACCCUGAGCGAACUGGACAUAUAUGGCAGUUCACGGUACGAGGCAAUGCUGCUGAGGGAGGACGUGAAGAACACGAGUUGGCUGCAUGGAUUCGAUGACAAGCCUGACCAGAGCCCGCUGUUCGACCACCGGUUUGAGCCGCUCCCAGAGCCCUUCAGCCCUCUAUGACGGCAGCCCUUGCUUGUAAAGUCCCCCCAAAGACACUUAUUUUCCCGGUUCCUUAAUUUGCGUUUUGCAAGAUAUGUAUGCCCAUUGAUCUGUUUGGUUGGUUCUGGUUCUGAUACGCCCCCAAACCAUUUUCCUCAUCUGCUGCUGCUGUUGAAAUUGAUGAGGCAGAGAGGAUGCGGGGCUCGGCCCCCUUAAAUUAUUGUCGCCGGAGCGUUGGUUUCCUCAGAUUGUUGUACUGAAAAUCGAAAAAGGUACAGAAGCAUUUUGUAAGUUACUGUA